AUGCCCCUGGAACUUCAACGCUUGCCGAGCACACGAGAGCUGAGACGCAUCGCUUAUCCGAUCCAUCUGGAAGACACCCUGAGUAUGCUGAGCGACGCACCUAGCGACGAGAAAUCCAGUUGCCAUCUCACUCUUCGAGACGAUGCCCUUGCCUCCAGGGGUCCUAUCGUUGCGAGUAUUCCACGGGAUACGCUGUGUCCGUUCUUUGAGCUCCUUCCACGCGAGAUCAGAGAUGAGAUCUAUCGCUACGCACUCGGAAAUCUCAGUGCUGCCUUUAUGCACGGCAAGACUCAGGUAAGAGCAACGCAUCAUAUUCAUAAGGGACCUAUUCUAGAUACUUAUAAAGAGCAAAUCCCGUGGAUGCGCACGGGCAAACAGAUGUACCAGGAGGCUACCGAGAUGUUUUAUCAUCUGGCUCGCUUUGACAUGGACCUGGAUAUGCGCUACAAGUUUCCUCACGUCAAAGGCGUCACGCGACGGGUCAAGAUACGCCACGCUCCCACACUUAUCCGCGCGAGAUUCCUUUCAGUAGUGAAUCUAACGGUAGUAAAUCUUCGCCAAAUCGAAGGCUUGACCGAGACUCUGCACUUCGACACAGAAACCGAGCAGUGCAAAGCACUAGUUGAUCUCUUCCCACGCAUGGUUGCAUUGCGGCAACUUGAGAUCCAAAUGGAACACAAAGUCCCGCCAUGUGACGAAUUCUGCGAUACCGAGUACCGACCCUCACUCUCGUUCCUCAGAAGUCUACCUCGCGCGUCACUGGCAAGAUUACGCGUCGAAAUCCAGUGUGCUUAUAAGACAUUCGAUCGCAACUCCAUCGCUUGGGAGUAUGCCGCGAAUAACGUCGCCAGUAGGCUCUCUGAUCCUCUCAAGAGAGAGGUCAAGAGGUGCGCACUGCAUGCAGUCAGGGGAGACGAUCAUCAGUGGAAAGAGUGGAAGGAGGAGGCAAUCCAUAAUGUGGUUCGAUGGCGUCACCAAUUCCUUACCCAUCUCACGCUAGGUUUUGAGAUUACUAUGGCCCAAUACAGGUGA